UCCCAAUUUUUCUCAUUUGUGAAGUUUUUUUUCUCUCUCUUCCCCCUCUCUCUCGUACGCUCUGCUCUUUCUCACCUUCCUCUCACACUUUCAUCUCUCUUUCUCUCUGCACUCUCCAUCUCAUCCUUCACCAUAACAUCCACACAACAACCUCCACCACCAUCUACAAAUCAACCACUCCUGAGAGUGAGGGAGUUGCCGAGUGAGAAAAUAUUUGCCGGCAGGAGAGAAGUUCCGGCGAGGAGGAGGAGUUCCGGCCGAGAGAGUUCUUGUGGCGUAGGGUUGGGCAUUAAGGUUGCAAUCAAGUCGGAAUUUAUGAUCGCACCACCGGAAAUUUAUGCAAUACUUGGGGAGGAAUUAUCAGUAGAAGAUGAAGAGGAAGUUUUGGCAGAGUUUGAGAACUUGGAAACCCAGCUUUCAUCCUCAAGUAUCAUUGUUCUACCAGAUUUUAGUGAAGAUCCAAGCUUGAAUGACUCUGCAUAUAGCUGUGAUGGGCAGAAGCUGGCCAAUGAUACAAUUGAUUACCCUGUAAAGGAAGGUUUACAAGUUGAACUAAAAUCCCUUAAAAGAAAGAUUGAAGCUGUUUCUGCUGAUGUUCCUUGCUUGAAGAAUGAGGAAUUUAAUAAACUUGCAAAGUUUUAGUUUAUAUGUCUACUGCUUUUAGUGGAUUAUGAAAUAGUAUGAAGGGUAUUUGUGUUUGUUGAUUUUAUUUUAGCAUCUAAAGACAAACCUUUUGUCUUCAAAUCUGUUUUAGCUUAGGUUAUGUAGACUUUGCUGCUGAAAUUAAAGUAUGAAAAACAUAGAAGAAAUGUGUUUAUCUUGGUUUAGCUUAUGAGUUAAGGAAAUAAAUUGCAAGUUUAGUAUGUGUUAAGAACUACUUCUUUUGUGUUGUAAUAGACUGAGCUUUUUUGCCAAUUAAAGUUGGAGGUUAGCAUGGUUGGCCAAAAUGUGGAAUGCAUUUAUUUUCAUUUUUCUUUGGAUAUCUCAUGUUUUCCUUUGUUUUCUCUUUGCCUUGCAGAAUUAUUGUAAAAGAGAGGUGUAAAAUGAUUAGAAAAGCUAUUACAAGAGAAAGAAUUGAAGAUGAUAAAAGAGAUAUAUAUAUAACAAAUAUGAAGGAAUAUAUCACAUAUUGUCUACCACUACUAAUUAUUCUACCAGUGUAAUAUUAUUACUAUACUUUCUUGGAUUUGAGCACUUAUACUAUGUUUUUGUUUUUGAUUUGCAGCCUGGUUAUGAAUGUCUAUGCUGCUUAAGGUGCAUGCAGCCACGCGAUCACAAUUUUGCCACCACCUGUGUUUGCAGAGUACCAAAACAACUUAGGGAGGAGAAGGUUAUAGAAUGCGUUCACUGUGGUUGCAAGGGCUGUGCAAGUGGAGACUGAUUGAACAUCAAUUCAAGUAUCAGGAGGAGGGUUUGUUUUUGGUUUUCUGUUCUUGAAACCCUCGUGGAGUUGCAAGGGCUGUGCAAGUGGAGACAUAUUGACAUAUUUGUCAUAGCUUCAAUAUGAUAAUUCUAUAAGUUUCUAUUUACAUCAAAUUUUUGUUUACUUUCUUAACCUUCAUGUCUACUCAACAUCAAUGCCCUGCAAUUAUUUCAGAUUAAGAAGUUGACACGAUGGAAAGGCAAAUGAUGAUAAAUAUGUAGUAGCAAAUAUAGCAAAUGGAAUGAAGUGAAGAUUAAAGAGAAGAGAUAGUUAUUAAAUUGGAAAAAGUGGUAGAAUAAAUGAGAUGAAUAAAACAGGUGGAAUCAAAGUUGCACCCCUUUGCUAGGAAUCAAGCACUCUAUGCUCAUUCAACAUCCAGCAGUCGGAAGAUAUUCUAUCAAAGUCAGUAUCAUUAUAUGCUCUAGAAUUCCCACUAUUUAACUUUAGAACUAUCUUGCUUUUCUUUGUUUUUAAUCUUGUGUUGUAAUAUCUGUACCAAACUUGAAUUUUAUGCUUUUUGGAAUGCUUCAUCUUAAUGAUCAUAUUUUGCGCCUUA